AUGACCGCCGCCGUCACUCCUUUUCCCCCUUUUCAUGAAGGGAAUAUAAAGAACUGGUUCCUGCAAAUGGAAGCUAUCUUUACAGUCAGAAGGAUUACAGACCAAAAAACAAAGUUUGGCCACGUGGUGGCGGUUUUGCCACCCGCCAUUGUCGACGAAGUAGCAGACUUCCUAGAAGCCGUUCCUGAAGUAGAGCCCUACGCCCGGUUAAAAGAAGCGAUCUUAAGGAGAAUGGGCCGUACGGAGGAAUCAUUAAUCCGGGAACUAUUUAGCAACCUAACUUGCGAUGGCAGGACUCCCUCCCAACUCCUUCGUUAUAUGAAAAGCCGACUCGGCAAAAAUACCAUGGCUGACUCUAUAUUGAAAAGCUUGUGGCUGGACCGUCUCCCCACCACCAUUACCCAAAUAUUGGCGCCUAUGUCCGAGAACACCCCAAUCGACCAGUUAGCGGACGCCGCUGACCGUAUUUUCUCGCAACUGGAUCAGCAGACAACGCCAGUACACAGUGCUGAAGCGACUAAGGACCACAGGUCCUUGGAAAAAACAGUGGAGGAUUUGCAGCGCCAAGUUAGAGAUUUAACAUUAGCUCAAAAAAGCCAUGGUCGAAGCCGGUUCCCUUCCCGCCGGCGCUUCAGAAGUCGACCACGCUCGUCCAGUCGGAACAAGGAUGCCACUUCUACUAUGUGUUACUACCACCGACGAUUUGGGUCUGCAGCGCACUACUGCACUGUGUACAAGCCGUGUUCCUAUACUGCGGUCGCGGAAAACAAAACCGCCAGCGAGUGA